CCAUCUUCUUCCCUCCCCCCAUCCCUUUCUCCUCCCAGGCCCGAAGCAGAAGACUCUACUGGAGUCACAGAGUCGCCUUUGAACCGCAAGUGAACUUGAGGGCUGCACUCGCAGCUGAGCUGCUGCUGCUGCCGGCGCCCCGCCGCCCGCCAUACCUGCACCCUUAGCAGAACGGAGCUGGCUUCUGUUUUCCGUUAGCGCUUCGCUGCACGGACAAAUGCAUACAAAUGCAUUUGGGAGCCCACAGGACAAGGCGUGGAAAGGUCUCCCACACGGCAAAAACGAAACUGCUUCUUCCUUUUAUUGUGCUAUGUGUGGCAGGGGCUGCUGUUCAUGCACAAGAACAAGGCAUAGAUAUUCUUCAUCAACUAGGCCUUGGAGGCAAAGAUGUAAGACACUCAUCAUCAGUGACUGCUACACCAUCAUCAUCUACACCACUACCUCAGGGAGUCCAUAUAACAGAAUCAGGUGUCAUUUUAACAAAUGACGCUUACAUUGAGUCACCUCUCAGGAAAAUUUUACCAGUCGACUUAGAACAGCCAUUUACAAUAUUAAUUGGAUUACAGUCACAUAAAGUAAACAAUGCAUUUCUCUUCAGCAUUAGAAAUAAAAAUAGACUGCAAUUAGGAGUUCAAUUAUUACCUAAGAAAGUAGUGGUACACCUUGGAGGAAAGCAGUCUAUAUUUUUCAACUAUAGUGUUCAUGAUGAGCGAUGGCACUCAUUUGCCAUCACUAUUAGAAACCAACUGGUCUCGAUGUUCGUGGAGUGUGGAAAGAAAUCUUUUAGCAGAGAGACUCUUUUGGAACUUCAGACAUUUGAUUCUAACAGUGUGUUCACCUUAGGAAGUAUGAACAAUGAUUCUGUCCAUUUUGAAGGAAUAGUAUGUCAGUUGGAUAUUAUUCCUACUGCAGAAGCAUUUGCCAACUAUUGCAGAUAUGUGAAACAGCAGUGCCGCUCUGGGACAAGCCUUCUUCACACAACUAUCAUACCCGCUAAGAUACUAGAAAACGCUGCCUUACCUAAACCAUUUGGUGAACAUAUACUGUCAGGAGACACACUUACCAAAGGCACAAACACUCCAAAUAUUAUCAACAAUGAAUCUGCAAUGGCAUAUAAACAACAAGAACACCAGACAUCAAGGUCUCAGUUGACUUUUCUUCACCCAGGGAAUGUCUCUGCUAUGGAUCUUGAGAGCCAUGGGAUUCGGGACAAAGAAAUAAUCACUGAGGAACAUACUCAGGCAAAUCGAAGCCUGUCAGCGACCCAUCAUCUCCUCAGUAAGGCAAGAAUAAAUACCCAGGAGAAAUUUAGUUCUCUCUCAAAUGUGUCCAGCAAUUUAACACAACAUAAUGAUAGAGUAACUGGGCUGAUUCUGUUUGAGAAGAUAUCAUCUAUUCUUCCACAUAAAAAACAAGGUACAGCUAUUAAUGGUAAGAAGGCUAUCAGGGCAAAUCUACAAACUAAUGAACUCAUGGAACUGCAACAGAUUUUAAAUACAACCUUGUAUAGAGUGACAGAUGAGCCGUCUGUGGAUAAUUACCUGGAUCUAAGGACGGAAAGUGAAAUUGAUCCUGAUGCUACUUAUCCCAUUGAAAAUAGCUAUGAAACUGAGCUUUAUGACUACUAUUACUACGGUGAGGAUCUGAAUACAAUGCUCAAAAUGGAGAAUCUCAGAGGGCCAAAAGGGGACACUGGACCUCCCGGUCCGCCUGGUCCAGCAGGUAUCCCAGGUCCCUCAGGAAAGAGAGGCCCACGGGGCAUACCAGGACCACAUGGAAAUCCUGGAUUGCCUGGAUUACCAGGUCCAAAGGGCCCCAAAGGAGAUCCAGGGUUUUCCCCAGGUCAGGCUACUUCUGGACAAAAGGGUGACCAAGGCUUGUCUGGCUUAGUGGGCCCCCCUGGUGUGCAAGGUGACAAGGGUCUCAAAGGAUAUCCAGGCCUCCCAGGACUCCGAGGUGAACCAGGAAUUCCGGGAUUCACUGGAAAUAUUGGUUCACCUGGUUACCCUGGCAGGCAGGGUCUAGCUGGCCCAGAAGGUAAUCUAGGUCCUAAAGGUGUACGAGGUUUCAUUGGUUCUCCUGGGGAAGCAGGACAGCUGGGGCCUGAAGGAGAGAGGGGUGUUCCUGGGAUUCGUGGAAAGAAGGGUCUUAAAGGAAGACAGGGUUUUCCAGGUGACUUCGGAGAGAGAGGCCCCGCUGGUCCUGAUGGUAGCCCUGGACUUGUAGGUAGCAUUGGUCCUCCUGGAUUUCCUGGGCUUAGAGGCAGUACUGGCCUAGUGGGGCCAAUUGGACCUUCUGGAAUUCCUGGCCCAAAGGGUCUUUCAGGAAAUAAGGGCGUUCCUGGAAUCAAAGGUGAUAAGGGGGAACAAGGCGUGGCAGGGGAGCCCGGAGAGCCAGGGUAUCCUGGAGACAAGGGCACUACUGGUUUUCCAGGACCACCAGGCGUGAGAGGGAAGCCGGGACCUUCAGGCAAAGCAGGUGACCCAGGACCCCAAGGACCAUCUGGCCUUCCAGGACCAGAGGGUUUUCCAGGUGAUAUUGGUAUUCCUGGACAAAAUGGCCCUGAAGGAUCAAAGGGAGUCCUUGGAAAUAGAGGACCUCCUGGACCUUCUGGUGUCAAAGGAACUCAGGGAGAAGAAGGACCAAUGGGACCCGUUGGAGAACUAGGGCCACGAGGAGAAGUGGGAGAUCAAGGAAACAUUGGAAAGAUUGGUGAAACAGGAGAGCGUGGAAGUCCAGGCCCAGUAGGUCCCCAGGGAGAGAAGGGUGCUAUGGGAUAUCCAGGUCCUCCUGGGGUCCCAGGACCCGUGGGUCCACCUGGCUUACCUGGUCAUGUUGGUGCAAGAGGACCACCUGGGAGUCAAGGUCCUAAAGGACGAAGAGGACCAAGAGGAACAGACGGUCUCUCUGGGGAACAAGGUAUACAGGGUGCCAAGGGUGAAAAAGGAGAUCAAGGGAAAAGAGGACCUUCCGGUCUUACUGGUAAGACUGGAAACCCUGGAGAGAGAGGAGUUCAAGGGAAACCAGGUUCACAAGGACCUCCUGGGAGUACUGGAGACAGGGGACUUGCAGGAGAACCAGGACCGCGAGGACUGCAAGGCGAUGCUGGGCCUCCUGGAGAAAUGGGUGCUGAGGGACCUUCAGGUAUUGAGGGAGAGUCUGGUCUACAAGGAGAGCCAGGUGCAAAGGGAGGUGUUGGACCUGCAGGCACUGCUGGAGUUACUGGGGAGCCAGGGUUACGGGGUGAGCCUGGAGCUCCUGGAGAAGAAGGUCUCCAAGGAAAAGAUGGAUUAAAGGGACCUGAAGGAAUUGUGGGAAUUCCAGGACAGAGAGGUCAUUCGGGAAAAAAGGGUGAUAAAGGACAGAUAGGGCCCACAGGAGAAAUCGGCAGCAGAGGCGCCCCUGGACAGACGGGGGAAAGUGGUCCUAAGGGCGCCAGAGGAACCAGAGGUGCCGUGGGACAUUUAGGAUUAAUGGGACCUGAUGGAGAACCAGGAAUUCCAGGAUAUAGAGGCCAUCAAGGUCAACCAGGACUUUCUGGGUUGCCAGGACCUAAAGGAGAAAAGGGUUAUCCAGGAGAAGAUAACACAGUCCUAGGACCACCUGGGCCUCGAGGUGAACCAGGUCCAAUGGGGGAACAAGGAGAGAGAGGAGAGCCUGGAGAAGAGGGAUAUAAGGGUCAUAUGGGUAUACCAGGAUCAAGAGGUGCCACUGGACAACAAGGGCCUCCAGGUGAGCCGGGUGACCAAGGUGAACAAGGACUAAAAGGAGAGAGAGGAUCUGAAGGCCCGAUGGGGAAAAAAGGAGCUCCUGGUGCUUCUGGAAAACCUGGGAUUCCUGGGUUUCCCGGCCUACCUGGGCCGAAGGGCCUGCAAGGACACCGAGGGACAGAUGGCAUUUCAGGAAACCCUGGAAAAGUGGGGCUCCCCGGAAAACAGGGACUUCCUGGCAUCAGAGGCAGCCCAGGAAGAACGGGACUGGCUGGGUCUCCAGGUCCUCGUGGAGCAAAGGGUUCACCAGGCCUGCCGGGAAGCCCAGGAAUCCUAGGCCCAAAGGGUGAACAAGGGCUACCUGGUCAACCUGGAAUUCAAGGUAAAAGGGGUCACCGAGGAGCCCAAGGUGAUCAAGGACCAUGUGGAGAGCCUGGCCUGAAAGGGCAGCCUGGAGAACACGGUGUUCAAGGUUUGACAGGUUUCCAAGGAUUCCCAGGCCCCAAAGGUCCUGAGGGAGAUGUUGGUGUUGUUGGAAUAUCAGGUCCUAAAGGUCCUAUUGGACAGAGAGGAAACACUGGCCCCCUUGGCAGAGAAGGUAUAACAGGCCCAACAGGUAGAACUGGACCCAGAGGUGACAAAGGCUUUAGAGGUGAAACUGGUCCCCAAGGACCAAGAGGUCAACCAGGGCCUCCUGGUCCACCUGGAGCACCAGGCCCAAGAAAACAAAUGGAUAUCAAUGCUGCUAUUCAAGCCUUGUUUGAAUCACAUACUGCCCUACAGAUGGAGAGCUACCAGAAUACUGAAGUGACUUUAAUUGACUACAGUGCAGAGAUAUUCAAAACCCUGAGCUACCUUAGCAAUUUACUGCACAGCAUCAAGAAUCCUCUUGGCACACGCGAUAACCCAGCACGAAUCUGCAAAGAUUUGCUCAACUGUGAACACAAAGUAUCAGAUGGAAAAUAUUGGAUUGAUCCAAAUCUCGGAUGCCCUUCAGAUGCCAUUGAGGUUUUCUGCAAUUUCAGUGCCGGUGGUCAGACAUGUUUAUCUCCCGUUCCUGUGUCAAAGUUGGAGUUUGGAGUUGGAAAAGUCCAGAUGAAUUUUCUUCAUUUACUGAGCUCAGAAGCCACCCAAAUCAUCACCAUUCACUGUCUAAACACUACAGUGUGGACAAGUGCUCAGACGCGUGGCUCAGGACUGCCUAUUGGUUUCAAGGGAUGGAGUGGCCAGAUUUUUGAAGAAAACACUCUACUUGAACCUAAAGUGCUUUCAGAUGACUGCAAGAUUCAAGAUGGCAGGUGGCAUAAGGCAAAAUUCCUUUUUCACACCCAGGACCCUAAUCAACUUCCAGUAAUUGAAGUACAAAAACUUCCUCAUCUCAAAGCUGAACGGAAGUACUACAUUGAAAGCAGUGCUGUGUGCUUUCUCUAAGGUCUCUGAAUUAGUUCUGAAUUCAUGCUGUUGGCCAGGUAAUUGCUGCAGAGGGGAAAAUAUAGACAGACAGAUACUAUCAUUAUGAAAUGCAUGGAAUAAAGCAUUGGCUAAAUCAUAAAGAAUCUCAGGAAGAAAAGACUUUCUCCUAAAAGGGAGAAAAGUCAUUCUUUAAAGGACUAUAAUUGAUAAAGUAUUUAAUUUUUUAAAAAAAUUAUAUUGAUCUGAGCUUUCUUAGAGAAUUCCCUAGAACUGAAGAUUUAUAAACAUGGAAUUCUUCAGGGUAGCCUCUAUUUUUUGACUGAGAGCAAAGUACCCAUUAGACAGCUGGAGGUGCAGAGCACUAGGGAGCAAUACUGGCUAAUGCUCCCAAAUGUGCAAUGCUUCUGUCUAAAAUUAUAAACCACAGUGUAAUAUGUCUUAUUUUCCCAAAUACUAAGCUGUAUUCAGGUCCCCAGUGGGCAUAUACAUCUUAGCCGGUGGUACACUACCUCUUACGUGUUGCCUUUUUGUGUUGCUUGGUGCUCUUUCUGAAACAAGGUGCUUGUGGCUUUUGUAGACAAGCUUAUUUCUAUGUCUUUGUCAUCCUUUAAGAGUAUAUGUACUGGUUACAUCAAGAUCUGUUUUGGUUGUUAGUACUUAUUUUAAUUUGUUUGAUCACAUAUUAACAGGUAAAACAUUAUUUAUGUGAAGUCAUUGUUCUAUUUUAAAAUUCUCUUUGUGGAUAGGAAUCAAAGCCAGUACAUUGUAACCUGUGCUUAUCACAAGAGAAUUGGGAAGUUUCUUUUGUUCUUGUUUUAUUUUUUUAGUUGUAAAAAAUUGUUAUAGGCCAGCUACAUCCAGUAGUAGGUUUGGGUUAGAGUUUGGGGGUUGUGAUAUACUAUUUUUAAAAACCCAUGAUCAUCUGGAAUGAUACUUUAUGUAUAUAUAUUUUGUAAAGUUUUAAUUCAGCAAAUCUUUUGAAAUUGCUGCUGUUUUAAAUUAUAAAAACUUUAUAUUUCUGCUUUAUAGAAAUUAUAUAUUUUGUAGUAUUCUUUGAUUUUCUUUUACUGUUCUUAAGUUUCAUGUGUUGGGACCUAAAAGAAUUCAACUUACUAGGCUUUAAAGCAACAUCCAGGAAAAAGUAACACAGUCUUUUGCCAUUUAAAAUAGACUCAGCCAAUUUAGACUUCCCUUGUUGGCAGAGAAAUGUUAGUUCAAUAUGAAAAGAAAAAUAUUAUACUUUUGGUAUAUAGAAAAGCUUGUACAUAUGUUAUAAGCAUAGCUUUAGCCACAGCAAACCACAAUUACCUAUCUAUAAUAAAAAUGUGCUUUAAAUCUU